GAAAAUUCGCGGGUUAUGUACAGAAGGGAGAGCUAGUUUACAAAACAGUCUUAUGAGUCAUCCUGUAGGUCCAGUGCAUGUAAAGCUUGCUCUUCUUCUGAAGCAUUUAUUCUUGGUUGCCCUGCAAUAGAAAGAAAACAGAACCGAUUAAUAACACCAUACAUGAUGAUUUUAACCCGUUACAACUAUUCUUUUCAAAUGGCGCGGUCAGUAUGAUGGUAAUUUCUAUGUACAUGUUUGCUUAAAAAUAUUUGUGCUUAUGUACAAAUAACUGUUUUGUUUCGUAACUUUUACUGACACAUCCCCCAUGCCUAUUUAAUUUUCCUAAUAAUUUUUCGUGUUAUAUGUUGUUGGUAGAUAUUUUGUCAGAAACUGGUAGUGAGAUAAUUUGUAGUACCAAACCUUCAAACCUACGAUUUAUGGGUUCACUGUGUUUACAAAUUAUCUUUCCUUCUAAAAUAUGAAACGUGAAAUCCUAUAUUUCUACUUGACGCUAUUAAGACAUGGAGAAACAGCUGAAAAUAAAAAUCAAGUGAUUCAAGGUCACUUGGAUACCGAUCUAUCAGCAAUUGGGCUGGAACAAGCUAGGGAUAUUCGGACCCUCAUUAACCAAAGCAAACCAGAUAUUAUUAUUUCAAGUGAUCUAAAAAGAGCUAGAUAUACGGCAUAUGAAAUAACCGACCCGUCCGUUAUUGAACUGGAAUCACGAAUACGUGAAAGAAACUUCGGAUCUCUUACUGGUCGCCCAAGAUCUGAAGUUCAGCAAUUCACAGAAACAAAUUUCAAGACUGGAUUUGAAUGUGAUGGCUGGCGCAACAUUGGUGGAGAAUGUACUCAUGAGAUGGCAAGUCGGACACAUGACUUCCUUCUGGAUCUGUGUUCUCGUCUUGUAGAAACAAGGGUGAAGCAUACCAACGUUUCUUGUCAAGAUCCUUUCCCAAUCAUAGGGUCUAGUGAUUUGCUACCGAUGGGGAAGCUAAUUUGUAAGAAUUAUGAUGUCUUUGCAAAUGUAAAUGCCAAAGCUGCAGAAUCGCCUAUAUCCACUUAUGCAGGACAUGUUCUUAUUGUAGGUCAUGGCGGUUGGAUUCGUCAGUUUUUGAGGCUUUUAGCCUUUCAUUCAAUGUACAGACAGAAUUUCCCAAAGCAAUGUGUCAACUCGGUAAUGAACAACUGCGGAAUAUGCCAAGUAGGCGUGGCUUUUGAUAUUUGCAGUCUUGAAGCUUAUCAAAAGUGUCCACAAUAUGAACGUGGAGUUUCUAUGUCCCCUCUUCCUGUUUUCGGUAAUAUUAUGACUCACAGUGAGACAUCUAGUGUGAAGAAAUCCAUUCAGUGUUCCUAUAUUCAUUUAGCUAAUCCUAGUUUACCUAUUAUGACGGUCUGUUACCAAUUCAAUGCUACAAAAUCAUUACUUGAAAAGCAUGAACGUUUACAGCGUGAGCCUCAUUAUCCAACAAUUCCUACUGAUGAAAGAUGUUUACAAGAAGAAAGAAUACCUCAAGAUGAUGGAGAUGAGUAUGCUGGAUAUCCACUAAACAAAUAGACAAAUUCAAAUCACAAAUAUGUAGAUAUUUUAGUUAUUUUGUAGCAAAAAAGUAAAUUUUUAAUGGCUUAGUAAUUUAACUAAUGUCUGGUUGCUACCCUGUAACUGUCGGUUGAAUCGCUCUUACAACUCGUUGAUUAUUCAUUUGUCACAAGCGAAAAAUUUCUGUACAUUUCGAGAAAUCAAAAUUCACUAAGAAUAUAUUUUUCAAGAUUAGUUUUGAUUUUUCCGGAACUCCGUACAUUUUCUAAGUUCUAAAACUUUAGUUGAAUGUGUUAACUUUAAACAACUGAAUAGUUCUUGUUAUUUUAUUCUACCUUGAACACAUCCUGCUCAGAUUUCGUCGAAUAUGAGUUUUUAAUCCUUUAUUUUCAUAUUCACAGUUAUGGCGACUAGUUGUUAAAAGCUAUAAUUCUACAUCGUUAAAUCAAAUCAGUGUCACUCACUGCAGCUUUAAUUAAAAAAGAAUCGUGUGCUAUAUUCUAUCAUUUAAGGUUAUAAUUGUGGUUUUUGUCGCUUAUCAUUUCCCUUUAUCUGACUCGAAUUUGAUCGUAUGAUGAUGGUAAAGAAAUAGAUAUCCCGCCUGCCCUCG